GGCCGAGGCCACUGGUUCUGUUUGUAUGAAUUUCGGCACUGCGAUUUAAAGUUUUUUAACUAUUAUUUUAGAAGCCCGAGGAAACCGAAAACAAUUAUAAAAAUGUCAGAUGGCGAGGAUGAUUUCAUGUGCGACGAUGAAGAAGACUACGGACUCGAAUACUCCGAGGACAGCAAUUCAGAACCCGAUGUAGAUUUAGAAAAUCAAUAUUACAAUAGUAAGGCGCUGAAAGAAGAGGAACCCAGGGCUGCUUUGACUUCAUUUCAGAAAGUGUUGGAGCUCGAAAGUGGAGAGAAAGGAGAAUGGGGUUUCAAAGCCUUAAAACAAAUGAUUAAAAUUAAUUUUAAAUUGGCGAAUUUUGAAGAAAUGAUGUGUCGCUAUAAGCAAUUGUUAACAUACAUUAAAAGUGCAGUUACUAGAAACCAUAGUGAAAAGUCCAUUAAUUCAAUAUUAGAUUAUAUUUCCACAUCCAGAAAUAUGGAACUGCUGCAAAACUUCUAUGAGACUACACUAGAAGCACUCAAAGAUGCUAAAAAUGAUAGGCUGUGGUUUAAGACAAAUACUAAACUUGGAAAACUUUAUUAUGAUAGAGGAGAUUUUAAUAAGCUAGCCAAAAUUCUGAAACAGCUACAUCAGUCUUGCCAGACGGAUGAUGGAGAGGAUGAUUUAAAGAAGGGUACACAACUGUUGGAAAUCUAUGCCUUGGAAAUACAAAUGUACACUGCUCAGAAGAACAAUAAGAAACUGAAAACUCUUUAUGAGCAGUCCUUACAUAUUAAAUCAGCAAUUCCUCAUCCGCUCAUCAUGGGUGUAAUUAGGGAAUGUGGCGGUAAAAUGCAUCUCCGCGAGGGUGAAUUCGAGAAGGCCCACACGGAUUUCUUUGAGGCCUUUAAAAACUACGACGAAUCAGGUAGUCCAAGGCGAACGACCUGCCUUAAAUAUUUGGUCCUUGCCAAUAUGUUAAUGAAAUCGGGGAUUAAUCCGUUCGAUUCUCAGGAAGCCAAGCCUUAUAAGAAUGACUCGGAAAUUCUCGCAAUGACUAACCUGGUCAAUGCUUAUCAAACUAAUGAUAUUAAUGAAUUUGAAUCCAUUUUAAAACAAAAUAGGCAGAAUAUUAUGGAUGAUCCAUUUAUUAGAGAGCACAUUGAAGAUUUACUCAGGAAUAUACGAACCCAGGUUUUGAUAAAAUUAAUAAAACCAUAUACUAGAAUUCAAAUUCCCUUUAUAUCCAAUGAGCUGAACAUAGAUGUGUCAGAAGUAGAAAGUUUGUUAGUCUCCUGUAUCUUAGACAAUACAAUACAAGGACGGAUAGAUCAAGUAAAUCAAGUACUAUUUUUGGAUAGGACAACUAUAAAUUCAGCAAGAUACAAUGCCUUAGACCGAUGGACAAACCAAUUGAACACACUACACAUGUCUAUUGUCAACAAAAUGGCUUAAUUCUCCUCGUUAAUUAACAUUGUUUUGACCUGUUUGAGUGAAGAACAUUUACAUAUUUUAAAUUAUGUUAAACUUUAAUUGUAUUUGUGAAUGUCAAUUGGUCUAAAAUAAAAAUCGAUAAUUUCAGGUCCGCUUCUGAGCUUUAACUAUUUAAACAAUAAAGACACUAUUUCUUCUAUUUAAAAAAAAGAGAUGGUGGACCAGGAAUUUACGAUUUUUAUUUCGUGCUGAAGUUUUAUCGUUUUCCUUGAAUUGUGAGAGCGCUUGGCGCAUCUCAAAGUCUGCACAGUGCAGGCUAGUAAUUAACAUGUCUGAUCCUACUUUUGAAUUAAUAUCCAAAACUUAUUGUCUUAUAUAUUUUCUAAAUAAAUAUGUUAUAAAUAAACAAAA